AUGUUCCCACGCCUCCGAGGCCCAGCGUCCCAGGUAGCAAAGCAAAUCCGAUUCUUCAGCCAAAGCCAAAUAACACCCGCCAAAGCCCUCCCACCGCGUCUAAAAAUCAACGACGCAGACCUAACAAUAUCCUACCUGAAAGGCACAGGACCAGGCGGGCAGAAGAUCAACAAAACAAACUCAGCCUGCCAAAUCAGCCACAAACCCAGCGGAGUGGUAAUAAAAUGCCAAGCGACACGAUCCCGAGCGCAGAACGAGAAGAUCGCGCGAUCAUUAUUGGCGGAUCGGGUUGAAGCGAAGUUGAAGGGGGAUCAGAGUCGGGUUGCUAUUAAGGCUGAGGCGGCGAGGAGAAAGAAGGCUAGUAAGAUGAAGAAGACGAGGCGGAAGUAUCGGGAGUUGGAGGGGAGAGAGGUGGGUGAGGAUGGGAGGGUUGUGGAUGAAGAGAUAUUGGAGGAAGAGAUAGUGGAAAAGGAAGUUGAGAAUGAAGUUGAAAGGAAGGACGAUGAGGGUGGGAGGGUUGUGGAUGAAGAGAUAGUGGAGGAAGAGAUAGUGGAAAAGGAAGUUGAGAAUGAAGUUGAAAGGAAGGACGAUGAGGGUGGGAGGGUUGUGGAUGAAGAGAUAGUGGAGGAAGAGAUAGUGGAAAAGGAAGUUGAGAAUGAAGUUGAAAGGAAGGACGAUGAGGGUGGGAGGGUUGUGGAUGAAGAGAUAGUGGAGGAAGAAGUGGAAGGGAAGAAGGAGACACAGGUUGAGACUGAGACUGAGGCCGUGGAGGAGAAGGGGUCUGGAAAGAGUGUUUGA